ACAAACAAGACUUGGUCUUUUUGGGUUGUAAUUGUGUUUGGAAAAAUUGGAGAUAAAAAUAGGAAAAUUUUAGGAAAUUAUAGUUAAAAAAAUAAAAAAUAAAUAAAACUAUUUAGUAGUUCUGCGCUCUGUCUCUCUCUUCCUUAAGAGUCCUUUUCUAUAUAUUUCUCUUCUUCGUUAGUGUUUAUUGUAGAUUCUCUAGAAUUCCCACCUCCCAAAAAAUCCGGGAAAAUCACAUUCCUUUCUAUUCCAAGAAAGAAAACGGGAGAGAACGAAAAAAGAAAAAAAAAAUACAUAUAUAUAUAUAUAUAUAUAUUUAGAGAGAGAGGAAAACCGACCUUACUGGGAGUUGCAGGGUUCUGAGUUGAUAUUGCUGAACUCACUGUCACUCAUUGCCAGAGAAAGAACUCAUUCGGUCUGUGCUCUUAUCGUCACAAAUGCAGACAUUGGUUUGGUUUUGAUCGAUUUAAUCUUCUGGAGAAGCUAGCGAUUUCUUUAUGGCUCAAGACACUUCUGGUGCUGAUUCACUUGAGAAACGGCCAGGCCUCUUAAAAGAUCAAAUUCGGUUGGUUAAGAGAAAAGACUCCAAUCGUUAUGAGAUUGUCUCAAUUCAAGAUCCUCUGUCAUUUGAGAAGGGUUUCUUUAUAGUUAUCCGAGCAUGUCAAUCAUUGGCUCAAAAAAAUGAUGGAAUAAUACUGGUAGGAGUGGCAGGUCCAUCUGGAGCUGGAAAAACUGUAUUUACGGAAAAGAUACUCAACUUCAUGCCUAGCGUUGCUGUCAUAUCGAUGGAUAAUUAUAAUGAUUCCAGUCGAAUUGUUGAUGGAAACUAUGAUGAUCCACGCUUGACAGACUAUGACACAUUGCUCCGGAAUGUUAGUGAUCUAAAGGCAGGGAAAUCAGUCGAGGUUCCAAUUUAUGAUUUCAAGUCUAGCUCACGAACUGGAUACAGGACAGUUGAAGUCCCUAGUUCCCGUAUUGUCAUCAUUGAAGGCAUCUAUGCUUUGAGUGAUAAGUUGCGGCCUCUAAUGGACCUGCGAAUAUCAGUAACAGGUGGAGUUCACUUUGACCUCGUGAAAAGGGUUUUGCGGGAUAUAAAACGAGCUGACCAAGAACCAGAAGAGAUAAUUCAACAAAUAUCUGAAACAGUAUAUCCCAUGUAUAAGGCCUUUAUCGAACCGGAUCUCCGAACAGCACAUAUAAAAAUUAUAAAUAAGUUUAAUCCCUUUACUGGAUUUCAAAGUCCCACUUAUAUUCUAAAGUCGGCAAAGAAUGUGACAGUGGAUCAAAUUAAGGCUGUUUUCUCUGAAGACUAUAUUGAAUCAACAGAAGAGACUUAUGAUAUGUACCUUCUACCACCUGGUGAAGAUCCAGAAUCCUGCCAAUCAUAUUUAAGGAUGCGGAAUAAAGAUGGAAAAUAUAGUCUGAUGUUUGAGGAAUGGGUGACAGAUACUCCAUUUGUCAUAUCACCAAGAAUAACUUUUGAGGUGAGCGUUCGUCUUCUUGGUGGGCUAAUGGCCUUGGGCUACACAAUAGCAACUAUCCUUAAAAGAAGAAGCCAUGUAUUCUCCAAUGAUAGGGUGUGUGUAAAAAUUGACUGGCUAGAGCAUCUAAAUCGUCAAUAUAUUCAGGUGCAAGGAAAAGAUAGGUUGGUUGUAAGAUGUGUCGCAGAGCAGCUCGGUUUGGAGAGUUCAUACAUUCCUCGUACCUACAUUGAACAAAUUCAAUUAGAAAAGCUUGUGAAUGAAGUCAUGGCCUUGCCAGAUGAUUUAAAGACAAAGCUGAGCCUCGAUGAUGAUCUGGUUUCAAGUCCGAAAGAAGCACUUUCUAGAGCCUCUGCAGAUAGGGUUGCUAUGAGAAAUAAGUUUCUUAAAAGUGGCAUGUCGCAGUCAUAUACAACACAAAGGGACAAGAAUAUUUCAAAGCUCACUGGGUAUGCUGCUAAUGGUGGAAGGUUUGACGAGAGAAGUUCAGAGUCACCUGCAACCUUAGCGAACCAGGGAGUUAUUACUCAGCUUUCAGAACAAAUUUCGUCACUAAAUGAUAGAAUGGAUGAGUUUACGAACCGUAUUGAAGAGCUGAAUUCCAAGUUACCUGGAAAGAAAAAUUAUCCAAGCCAACAAAACAUGGCUCUCCAAUCUGAAGCCUGCAAUGGCUCUGCUCCAACUUCAUACUUCGUCUCUAGUCUUGGCAAUAGCACGUUGACUGGUUGUGUGAUGCCUAAUUCAUCAUCUUCGUCACAGUUGGCAAAGGAGUCUCCAUUGAUGGAAGAGAUAACAGGAAUUGCUCGGGGACAACGACAAAUUAUUCAUCAGUUAGACAAUCUCAGUAGUGUUCUCCGGGAAAGCAUGGGAGAGAGGUCUUCACGUCCAGUAAGAACAAAAAGGAGAAGUAUAAUGUCUGACACCGACCCUAUCACCGGUCCUCUCAUCUUAACACUUGCAGUUGGAGGCAUAGGAGUCCUCUUGUUCAGGAGUUUCUUAACCCGGAAUUGAUGAUCCUGAUUCAACAUUUACUCAGACUGUUUAGUCUUUGCUUUCUUUUUAGUUUUUUAACAAAAAAGUAAAAGAACAAAAAAAAAAAAAAAAAAAAAAAAA